AUGUCCAAGCCGUGCAACACCUGCGGUCAGUCGUUCACCUCGACCCACGCCUUGGAGGAGCACAUUCUUAAGGCCCCCAACCACCCGAAGUGCGCGACCUGCAAGAAAUCCUUUCGUGAUGAGAAAGGUCUUGAACAGCACAUCCAGAAAGAACACCAGGCCCUGUUUUGCGGGGUCUGCGCGGCUCGCUUUCCGAGCCGCCAAGCACUUGCGGACCACAUCGCUCGCGCUCAUCCCAAUCCGACUCGCAGGACCGGUUCAACGCCUCCAGGCUACACUUCGAGCCCGUCUUUCCCAGCAUACGCACCCUCCUCGUACGGUCCCUCCACUUCUUCGACGACGCCAGUCGGUUCAUUCCCUUCUCCGGUAGGUACUCCCAUAGGUCCCCCGCGGCCGGCAGGCCAGCAGUCGCUUCAACAUGACCACGAAUACUUUGGCGAGACCCGGUUCCCCGGCCGCUCGGAAGAUCAAGGUUUGUCCCUACUGCAAGCACAACAUUUGAAGCUCAACGCGCGCAAGCAUUCGUCAGGGUCAAGUAAAGCGAGGGAAGUUGCCCUCCAUCAACAUACUGCGGUUUCAACCGCCUCGAUUCCGUUUUUCGAUUUCUCCUUCGCCUCUCCCACUCUUCACCCAGUCCACUCUCCCGCUCGCCCAAUCUCCACUCUGAUCUCCCCAUCCCCCACUCCGUACGGCUUUGGUACGAAAACAAGGUCAAGGACUCGAACGAUGCGUCGUUGUAUGAUUAGUAGACGUCUAGACACCAUUCCAGACUUUGAUCAUCGCCUCGCAUCCAAAAUGUAUACUAUGUAUGAUGUUGUAUCUGUAUCAAAGGCCCAAAUGUACCUAUAGGACGUCAAACGUCAAUAGAAUCCCUUGCUCUCUAAUGCGCCCUGACGCGACUCACAAAGAAGAGCAAAAGGAAGCCCGCGCGCUGCUCAAGUCCAUGAGCCGCCUCCACCUCACCUCCCGGCCGUCUUCUGCGCCGUCCGACCCACAAUAGGCAUCGGGCGCUUCGAGAAGACGAUCUUCCGCUUGACCACCGCGAUGAUCUCCCA